AUGCCUAGAGGAGCUGGGGCACGAGCAAGACGGAAUCGCCGCCGACAGCUCGCGAGACAGCAAGCCGCGGAAGCACAACGCGCGGAAGCACAACGCGCGGCGAAUGCGAACAUCUCUCAGCGUGAGCCUGAAGCAGAACCGUCUCGAGCACAAGCUCAACAGGCCGCUCCACCUGAUCAAUCAGACUGGGAUGCAUAUGCUACUGAUCCUGAUCUCCAAAGCUUCGAGAAGUGUGCUCAAGAGAACCUGCGAGUUCUCUUCACAAAUCUAUUGACUUUAACAGAGGAACCUCAGCCUCCUCAAAUCGGCGGCAUAUAUGCCCGACAUGUCACCGUAGGCAUGAAUGAAAUGGCGAGCAUCCCUUUCGGCCCUGAUGGUGGUGAAGUCUUCAUCCGACCAUUUGGUUAUCCAGGCCCUCUUCAUCCCCACUUCGUGAGACUCAUCGAGGAAUUGCGAUCUACCAUUGGCGUAGCCGAUCCUGGCCAGAGAAAAUUGAAGCAGGCCCUCAAAGGCUGCCCCGAAGUGGAGUUUCUCGGAAUGUGCGAGAAUACACUCGCCCAGACAGCCCAUAGCAUCUACGAGGCCACUCUUGAAGUAGUUCUCAAGUGGUUUCGUAAGAAUCUUCCUGGCAUGAAGCUCCCACACGAGUGCGAAAUCGAGGAAGCCUGUGCACUAUUAAUUUCAGACGGAGCCUUGGAAAUGGGAAUCACCGACGAGUCGCUAUUCGGAUUGUACGCUAAUUUCCUCGAGGCAUACGCUAUGCACAGUAUUAAGCCGAAAACCCGAGACAUCACGUUGAUCGCCGACGCCUGUGUCGUCCUCUGCCGAGUGCUCAAUGAUGAGAAGAUGGCGUAUCUCAUUGACAAGAUCAAGAACGUCGCACAAUGGCUCCAUUUCAGCCUCGGGUGCAAGUUCUUGAAGGUGCAGGGAGAAGCAGCUCAUAAGAUUGCAAUUGGUACUAGAGAUCCGAUUGGAGUCAUCGAACGCGCAUUCGCUGAAUACAACAUGCAUCGAGCAUACCACUCAAUGAGAAUGACUCAGCAAACCAAGGCAUUCGUUGAGUAUACUCAGCAGGCCGAACUGGCAGACCCAUAUGAGCUGUUGUAUCCGGGAGAAUCGGACGAUUCGGACAACCCAGAGUACUAG